AUGGAAAUGGAGCGGUGCAUUCAAAACAAAACUAUCUAUCUACUCGGGGAUUCUACCCUACGACAAUGGUUUUCUAUUGACCUGCAGAAAAGAUUCAACUGCAGCAUUUCAACGGAAGCUUGGACGAACGACAAAUGGCACAAGCCUACCGAGUGCACAAAUCGAAUCAGUAACCUAACCAUCGUAUGGUAUCCCCACAGUCAACCGUUUUUCGUCGGAGAUGGAUUCGAUAAAAUCAAAUACACGUUAAAAUCGAUAGCACGAUACAUAGACGACAUUGAGGGAAAUGAAAAUGCCAUCGUCGUCGUACAUGUAUUUUGCCACAACAUUCCAUUUCAUCCAAAUGUUUUUAGAAUAAAGAUACAAACCAUACGUGACGCAGUUAAACGAUUAUUAACACGGAACCCAAUUGCGAAAGUCCUUAUUAAAGGGCCCCAUUCGUUCAAGAACAGUCCACCCAAUCCAAGAUGGAAUGAUAUGUUCGGUCUUGUGUAUGCUAAUAUAUUGUAUGAAGAAUUCAUUGAACUUCAUGACAAGGUUUAUUACCUGAAUAACAGAGAUGCAACUGAUGCUCAACAAACGGAAUACAAUCAUCCUGAGGAGUACAUAGUCUGGGCAAUGGUCAGUCAAAUGCUUACUUUUGCUUGUUCAUAA